AUGACCAAGCCGGCCGUGUCAUACCUCGACUACCCAAUUUAUUCGGCGGCCAGCGACGGAAACUUCAUCAUCACCUCGGGCGGAGGCGGAGGCAAAGACUAUGGAAUCGAGGAUCAGCUGGAGCUGCACAGAUACAGUGCGGAGACCAAGAAGUUAGUUACCUUUGAUUCGGUGGCGUCUGGAGGCGUCAUCGACUCUCUAAACCACAACAACCUCUUUUGCGGCUGCAGUGACAAAGAGUGCGUUCUCAUAAAGGCGGAUACAAACCUGGGGCUGAAGGUGGUGCACAGAUUUGGAGCAGAAACGGCAUCCAAACGACUCAUUGUUGCCAGGUUCUCCCCAACGGGCGAGUAUGUUGUCGCUGGAGGCGAAGAUAGAAUCAUCCGCGUAUGGAGGGUUUUUAACGAGGAUCCCCAGAGCACCGAGGCAGGGGGUGGCGAGCAGCAACAACCCCAGCAAAAAAUUCGCACAGAAUUAAUGGCGGAACUGAGAGGCCAUCAGGGUGAUAUCAAGGACGUCUCGAUGAGCGAAGACUCCCAGCUCGUGGCUUCCUGUGGAGGCGAUGGUCGCCUGUGUCUUUGGGACUGGAGAGUGGUAACCCUGGAAGCGGGAACGCCUCCAGCGAGCAGCGACAAGAAGGUUGAGGAUCUCCCUGCAGCUGCAGCACGAGCCUCACCAACAGCGGCAGCGCCACAAGCAGCAAAGCUACAGGAGGUAUGCGCUGUAUGCUGCGAUUCCUCUUCACCCUGCUGCCAGCUCGCAGUUUCUGACGAUCAGCAGAGGAUCGCUAUCGGCCUCGCCAAUGGAAGCUGCAAGGUCUUUGAUAGAAGGCUGACCCAAUUGGGCAAAGCGGCGGCACACGAGCUACCGGCGACUGGCCUAUGCUUUAUCGAGAAUGGAAUGGUGCUGGUAUCAACCAGCGCGGAUUACUCUGUUGCAGUGUUGGAUACAUCGCCUCGACCGCUGCUGCGUGUUUCGGGCUGCUGCUGCUGCUUCUUCCUGGGGGGGUUGCUCUUUCUCGCUGCUGUCAUCGUGGCGCUGCAGCAUGUCCUGUACACUGGACAGCAGCUGCUGCUGCUGCGGCAGCAAGCCCUUGCCUCUGGCAACUAUGAGGCAACUCUGCGGGACCUUCUCUCAGACACACUGCUGCAGCAGCACCAGAAUGCGGAUUCAUCCGCAGAUGCCGAGGUGUCGCUACACCAGCCUCAGCCCACCACGCAACAGCAGCCGCCACCCGGGCCCCGAGGUCAUGCGGAAAGCCCUCAUGACGAGUUAUGA